CAAAAACGAUAAGACUUAUAUUUUUCUCAAAUGAUUUACCUUUUUUUGUUUAAUUAGAUGAUUAAACUAUUAAAGUUUGUGUUAACAUUUAAAUCAUUAACAUUUGAAAUCCGGUUUAACAUUACGUUCGACAGUUUAAAUCAAGUACUGUAGAGAAAACUUAGAAAGUCGAAUCAAAUUGUCAAUAUUUUGAAUUCGUUUGUGUAUUAAAUAUUUAUGUAAAAAAGCUAUAUACAGAGGUACGGACAUUAAUCGUUUUACGUCUAUAUUUGAAAUUCAGUGUAGCCAGUUGGUUGAUCAUGACUCAACCAUAAACAUUGAAAACUGUUUAGCGACAUGGAAGGGGCAGGGGAUACAGGGAGUGUCCGUCAGGUUCCAAACCCAGAACAUCUAUCCCCUGACACAGAAGAAAACGUUAUCAACCAAACAGAACAGGUUUUUUAUAACUUUAUCGCCGAGAGCUGGAGGACCGACAAAGAUCGAGAAAUCCAGGAUGUCACUGAACAAGAGGCAGCGGAACAGACACCAUCAUUUCCUCAAAUACAGAAUUUUACGAGGGACCCUUUGAGUCCGACAUCCCAAGUUGGCCGUCGCCUCGCCAAGAUCGGAGAUGACCUCACGAAGCAAUAUGCGGGGGAAUUUGAUGACAUGAUUGUCAAAUUGAAAGUUGAUAAAUAUAAUGCGUACAAUGCAUUUUCCCAAGUAGCCAACAAGUUAUUCGAAAAAGGUGUAAACUGGGGUCGUAUUACAGCGUUGUUCUCCUUUGGGUACAGAAUAUUCCGUCGUGUGAUAGGCGUGGGUCAGGCAAUACUUGACUUUGGCAAUGUUUUAAGGGACAUUCUAUCAAAUAUUGUGACUUAUAUCAAAGACGCAGCUCAGGGAAUUGCACAUUGGAUAGCUCGGCAGGGUGGAUGGAUCUCGUCCAAUUCCUAUGAGUCUCCCUCGGUCAGCUGGCGGGUAGUUGGGGGCAUUGGUCUGGUAGCAUUGAUAGCGGUUGGGACUGUAAUGUAUUUCAAGUCUGGGCGAGUGAAUAACUAGCUGUCCUGUAGCUUUGUUGACGGUCGGGACCGUGUUUUAUUUAAGGUUUUGGUCAGGGUGUGUUAAACACAGUUGCCAAAAUAUGCUACAUAUACAUUGAUUGGUAUGUAUGAGCUUGCAUACCUGACAUCUGUGAACUUGCAUACCUGACAUCUGUGAACUUGCAUACCGGACGUCUGUGAACUUGCAUACCUGACAUCUGUGAACUUGUAUACCAGGGAACUGUGAACUUCCAUACCAGACAUCUAUGCACUUGCAUACCGAGCAUCUAUGAACUUGCAUACCGGGCAUUGGUCAUCUAACAUACCGGGCAUCUGUGAACUUCUAUACUUGGCAUCUCAGAGAAUUAAAUGAUGGUGCCUUUACAUGAAUUGUGCUAACAUCGUUUUUGUUAUUCAUUAAUUUUUGCUGAUUCAGUUAGAUUUUAAUAUAUUUAAUAUAUUGAUGUUGAAAAAAAGUAUUCUACUACCAAAUGUGUACUUGAUUUUAUUACAAUGUUUUAAAAUUGAUAUUAAAUCGUUGAUACUAUGAUCAUUUGGGCAUUGUUUGUAAAAUGGUUAUGAACAUUUUGUUAGUAAUUUAAGGUACAUGUAUCCACUGCAUUAUAAUGUGAGUGUAAGAUGCUUGCUGACCCUAUAUUUUACUACUGUAAUUUGAAAGACUGAGUAGGGAAAAAUGUGUAUAAACUCAACGCAAAAUAUAUGAAAAACAAGCUUUCUUGGCACUGCAAAGUUUCUUAAAUUUAUAGAUUAUUUCAAGCCUGACUUCAGUUGAAAUAAAGAACAAGAUAAAAAUCUAAAAACUUUCUCUUUAAUGCUUUUUUGGUCAUGUACCUCAGUGCUCCAGCUAUGGAGGCCUAAAUAGCAGAAUAACAGGGUGGAGCUCCCUGCUGCCUUUUUUCUACACCCUGCUGUGCCCUUUUGUUUGACAGAGUCAAUUUUCUAAAAAAAAAAGUAUAAAAAUAAUAAAUAUACAUAAUUUUGACUCUAAACAUAUCAGCUAAGAUAUUCAUAAUAAACUAUAAGUAUUGAAAGUGUUUAGAACACAUAGGUACACAAUAUGAAUUGAACACUGGCCAUUCCAAGUGCCCUUUUAUGGCUUAUUCAAUGCAUAUCAAAAGUGCUAUUCCUGACCUAGCAACAUGCCCUUUUCAAAUCCUGGCUGGAGCAUUGCACAUGCUCGUAUGAUACCAAAAUUACAUGGGGUCACAAGAAAUCAACAUUUAGCAUAAUAACCAAUGACUUGAUUAAAUCACAAGCUAAUUUGUACAUAGGAUGUCUUAAUAGGUGUAUGAGACAAUGAGCUGAUUGUUUAGAGCUUUGCUGAAGUUAACAACAUGAUUAACAAAAUUGUUGUUAACUUUUAACGUAAAAUACUUGAUGAUGUGCUCAUUUAUAAAAAAAUAAUAUUUAAAUUAAGCAAGUGCAGCUGAAACAAAUGUCUCACAACAUGUUAAUAUACUGCAGAUCACGAGUAUAUCGAUUAAACUUCCACAGCCGUGAAGGUUUGAAAGUUAACAAUGACAACGGUAACAACCUUUUUAGCUUUAACACAAUUCUGAACAGUCAGCUCAUUGUAAGGUGCAUUAUUACUAUUAAGGUGCAUUAUUACUAUAAAGACUCACCAUGACAUUUUGUUUGGACUCAUUUUUGUAUCUCAUGUAAUUGUUACCAUUUAUUUAUCAAUGCAAACAUUUCAAAUUUGACUGUUUCAAAUGUGCCUUAUUCUGAGAAAAUCAGGGGUUUUCAUUUUUGUGUGUGUUAAAACUUACACAUUGACCAUUAUUUACAUGUAUGGUAUUCUAAAAGCUACUUAAGUAUUUUGAGUUUUCCAUUUUUCUAUAAUCACUUCCCUAUUUUAUGAUUAACCAUCAUUUACAUGUAUUCUUAAAGCUACUUACAAAAUAAGUAUAUUCCAGAUUUUUACAUUAAGAUGUCUUAAAUUUCAAUUAAUUUAAUCUUGUAUAGAAAAUGCCCUGGAAGUGAUACUACUACAUAAACAAUUAUGUAAUAGGAUAAUAAUAUAUAAUAUAUUAUAACAUAAAUAAGGAACUAGGAUUUUUUUUAACAAUUCAUCGUGGACUUGCAUUUUAUCCCUUAAAUUGAUGGUAAGAGAAAGUUGGAAGAGUGAUUUUGUUUUACAUAUACUUUCUUGUAUCUUGAUGUGUACGUUCAAGACCUCAGUAAGUCCUUAUUUAAGUUCAGGUAGUAACUACUGUGUUGCUGGCACCCCUCAAACUGCAUUACACAGAACAGUGCCAUCAUGAAGAUUUGCUCAUAGAGGGUUACACUUUAAAAAGAGUCAUUCCUUAACAAUGCUCAUGUAUGUCAUAAUGAGUUAGCUUGCAUAUUUUUUAUCAAGAUUUUAAGAAACCUGUUUAGUUGUCAUUCCUAACCUUUCUGUGUUAAAAUGCUCAUUUUUGACUCUUCUUUUUUUUUCAAAGAAAAAAUGAAGGUAUUUCAUACCCUUGGUGUUGUUGUCUGGGUUGUUGUCAUGUAAAUAUUUUAACCUUGGUCAUAACUCUAUAACUGUUUAAGAUAUUCAAAUGAAACUUAGUACACUUGUUGCAAGUGACAAUACAGUACACUUGUUGCAAGAGACAAUACACACAUGUUAAGCAAGGCCCAUAACUCUGGCUCAUAUAGAGUUAUACCCCCUUUUUAAUUUAAAAAAACAACAACAUUGGAGCAUUACUGCUCGCUCUGUUAUUAUUCAUAAUAUUAAAAACAUUACAUAAAUUCAGUACACUGUUACUGAGCUGAUUUUUGCGACACGCAACAUAGUUUAUAGGCAACAUAGUUUAUAGGAUCAAAGAAAAAUGCAAGGUAUGCUUCAGUAUGUUUUUUUGUGUGUAUCAUGUUGAUUAACUUUCGAUCACAUGAUAUCCUAGGGUACAUGUAUUUUUUGAUAAUCCACUGAAUUAAUGUUAAUAUACAUGUUAACAUCGAAACUGUUCAUAGUAGCAAAUAUGUAUAACUACAAUUCCAUGUUAAUCUCAACUAUGCUCACUAUUCAUGUCAUAAUAAAUUGCUGGUAUUGUGAUAGUUAAAAUGAUUUUUGAAUAUCUUGUGGUGUAUUUUUUUUAGUGUAACUAUUGAAUGCAUUGAUAGUUAAAUAUUAGAUUGUAUGUUCUUAUAUAUACAACAUCUGGCCUUUAUCAAAUUUUAGAAUUGUUGUACCUACAUUUGUAAAUUUUGAUCACUUAAAUCUUGGGAAGUAACAUAAGUAAGUAAUUCACACUAUUUUAAAUAAUGUUGUCAUUGGUUAUGUUUUCAAAAUAUCUGACCCACAAGAUGCCUGAAAAUGAAGGUGGUUUUUGAAAAAAAAAAGACAAAAUUUAACACAAUGCGGGGCCUAUUUACCAGUUUAGCGAAUACCUUUUUGAGGGGAAAAUUGUGUUUUUUUUCAGUUUAGAGGGAAAAUUCUAUUACUUUUUCAAAAAUUAUGGGAACAAAUUGAGUUAAAUAUCAAUAAAGCAGUAAAUAUAUCACUCAGAAACCACAUUUAAUCAAUCAUGAGGUUCUCGUUAUACAUAUAUAUUUUUUCAAUUUUUUUGGAAAAUUGGGAAUUUCAGAGGCUUUUUUUAGGGAAGUAGCUUGGUAUCGGUGAUGGCAAUGAAGGGUUAAAAGACCCUGCAAUGUUAGAUGAUCUUAAUUCAUUAUUCUGUACUAGGCCAUCCUAAAAAAAAAUAUUUUGUUUGCAGUGACUGUUACUAACAGACUAACACAAUCUUUUCAUUUUGACCCCUGGGGUCUACAAAAUAAUUAUAUUACAGCAUUUUUUGUUUGCCUUUUUAAAGUAAAGGCAUCUCUCAAUCAUAAACAAAAUCAUUCAUGAAUAUAAGUCACUCUGUUGCAAACAAUUCUCUUUUUAAUGAUACCCUUAUUUUCAUUUAUGAAUAUGCUCUGAAGUGCUAUUUAUUUUUUAUUAUUAUAUCAUUAUUAUAUUAAGAAAUGUUGUUGAAUAGAAUGCAAGAGUAAGUGUUAUUUUUGUAAAAUAUAAUUGUUAUAUAGAAAAGUGAUUAAGUAUUUUGGUUGAAUUCUACACAAUUCUAUUUGUUCAAAGCACAGCACUGGUUAGAUGCUAGUGAAAUGUUUUAUAUUUGUCCCUUUGCCAAAGAAUAUACCUUAUAGCAUGAUGUAUGAUUAUAAAUUGACGUUUGAGCUAUAUUUCAACACUAGAAUCUGUGAUGCAUAUAUAUAUUAUUUUGUAAAAGGUUAAGACGAACAAAUGAUAUACUCACUUACAAAAAAAUCACAAAAAAAGAACAAAUGGAUUUGGCUGCAAGCUAUAAAAACUUUAGUUUUAUGUUAUCCUUGUUUUAUUAAUGUACACUAACAUAUGGUUAAAUUUUAAUACAAAAUGUUAAGGAUCUUAUUAGAUUAUUCAAAAAUUAUAUAAAAUAAUGUCUAAGACAAGAGGAAACCCAUUUUUUUGUAAUAAUGCAAUUGUCCUUUUAUAUAUUGAGGAUUUUAGAGGGGGUAUGUGGGAGUGUUUUUAUCAGUCAGUCUGUCUGACUGUAAAUUUUGUCCUGGCGAUAACUCCUGAAAGAUUUGAAGGAACUAAAUAAUUUAUGGUUAACCAUAGAAGAAAGGUCAAGUUUGACUUUGGUUACAAACCACUAAUUUUUAGCUCUUCUGGCCAAAAUUGUGAUACAGUCUAAAGUUUUGAGUUAAGUUUUCAUUGUAUCUUAAUCAAACUUACUGGUACAUGGUAGUUAGAUAUCCAUGGGAGCUCGGUUCCUUUUAAAAAGCAGCCAGGUCUGCUCAGCAUGACAGGAUUAUGGCCCUUAAGGCAGACAACCUUAUACAGAGAGUUUUGUAUUAUUGCAGCACUUGCCCUUUGUGAAACAAAUAUUUCACUGAUUGCUUAACUUUGAAUGUGAGUUUAGUAUAUAACCAAAAAGAUUUAUGCCAGUUAAGAGCAUAGGCCCUUGUGGGCCUCUUGUUUAAUUAUGGCCCCCUUUCAAACUAAGAAUUUAUCCCCAAAAACUUUGUACGGACAAUUUCUUAGGGUUGAUAGAUUGUAAUGAUUUUUGUUACACAUGUUAACACCAUAAAAUACAGGCUUGACUUUGGUUAAAAACCACAAUUUUUUAUGGAGUUAUGGCCCCUGUUUAACUAAGUAUUUUCAAAAAAAGGUGUCCAGAUGAUAACUUAUGACAGUGUUGAUGGAUAUAAAUAAGUUUUGGUAUACUUUUUUAACACCAUAACAUACAGGUGAUUUUUGUUUUUGGUUAUAAACCACAAAUAUUUGAUAGAGUUCUUGCCUAUUUUUAACUCCGAAUUUGAAGGGAAAAAAGUGUCCAGUAAAUAAAGAAGGACAGGUACAAUGGAUUUUAAUAACUUUUUGUACCCAUGUUUAACACUAUUUAUUCAUGUCAAGGUAGACUUCGGCUUCAAUCUACCAAUGUUUGAGUCAGUUAUGGCCCCUUAACAAAGACAUUGGUUACCAUUCCUGUGUCCAGGCAUGACAGCUCUACAUGUUCUGUUUGUAUGAUUUUAUUGUCUUAAAACACCUACCGCUGGUUCACCAGCAAAAAAAAUAAUAAAAAGUUUCAUAAGUGUCAACACAAAUGUCUCGAUACUCAUCACCAUUGUGUAUGCGUCAACUGCUGAAUAACCAAUAAAAUCUAAUCAAGUUUGCAUUAACAUAGCAUAACAUAAUGGCAUAGUAAUAGGCUUUUUUAUUAAUGUCCGAAAGCAAACACUGGGUUCUGAUGUUGGCAUUAUAUCACCAUGCAGUUGUGGUGCGUCUUUAGGAGAGAAAUUGCUCAUAACAUAUUUUUCUUGAUCUCCAUUUAUUUUAUCUUAAUAUUUAGUUUAUAUUUAAGGUAGUCAUUAGAUGUUAGUUGCAUGUAGAAAGCUAUGCUGUUAGAUUAUCUUUGUGAAUAUUCAAUAUUAUAAUAUCUGAAUCUUUUAUUGAUUUUUUUUGCCUGGAAAUAAUUUGUCUAAAUUAUUAUGGUGAAAAAAUGGAUACAGCAUAUAAAAUGGUAAAAUGAACAAGUAUUUAUCAAAGUUUGACUGUUAAAAAAAUUGAAUUUUAGGUUUGGAUGGAACAUAUUUCCUGAAUCCUUGUGUAUCAACAUAUUUUUGUAAUAAGAUGUGUCAACUCAUCAACAGAUGUACAUGUUGUCUAUAAUUUUGAAAAAAAACUACAAACCAGAAUUUGCAAAUUUUUUAUUUGCAUUACUUAUGCUUUUAGGCAAAAUGAUUUUUUUUGGCCACAUUUUUUUUUAUAUAUUUAGUCAAAAGAUCUCCAAUUUCAAAUUCUGAUGAUGACUAACCAUUGCUACAAAUAUUCAUGCGUCCAAAAAUAGGGCAAUUAUCUUAUCAACAAGCAUAAAACAAAACAUGGUGAGAUGAUAAAUUUCAAAUAUAUAUCAAAGGAAUGUGCCAAAACUGACCAAUAAACCUAUUACUUUUGAAAUUAAUGUUAUAACUACAGUUGAACCCCAUUGGCUCGAACUCCGAGGGACGGGCGAAAAUACCUCGAGCCUCGGGAAAUUUGUUUGCCUUCAGUUUAAAGAAAUCCGUCCUUUACAUCUAGUUCGAGUAAAUAAAAAAUUUUCAAGCCAAACAAGUUCAAGCCAGCAGGGUUCAGCCGUACUUGCAAUAUGGGUCCUAGAUAAUAAUCAUAUGUGCAUUUAUAAGAAGGCCCAAUGUCUGGCCCUGUAUUAUGUGAGAAAGUCUCUCUAAUGUUUGAAUUGUCAUCUGAAUCAUCUAAAAAAGUAAACCCUCUGUUGUGCUUGUAAGAAUGUGUCUUGAAAAUGAUUUGCAGAAAAUGAACAAAAUUUGACCGGCCAGUUAGCAGAGAACAUGGCAAUUAUAUUUCAUCUAUGAUUUAUUUUACAUUUGAUUUUUGUAUUGUUUUGAGUUUGAUAGCGCUUAAAAAUACUUAGUUCCCUUAAAAAUACUUUUCUUAAAGCUUAAUUAAAUAAGUCUUUAAGGUAUAUGACAUGCAAAUUUGUGAGUAUAGAUGCCCUUUGACCAAACUCACCUCUUCUGAUCUCUUACUUAUUUCUUAUCAAAUCCAUAUCAAACUUUGAGAUUUUGUUAUCAAAUCUUAACUACAGAACAUACUGCAAUGGGUUAUAAUGUUUAAGGGAUUUUUUUUAUAUCAUACAAGUUUGACCUACAGCUAGAUUAAACUAGUCACUGUAAAACUAUGGCCCUGAAAUUGUCAAAAUUUGACCAAAUUCACUCUGACAUCCAUCACAUAUUUCAGCGUGUCUAAUUAAAUCCUUUGCAAAUUGGGUGACAAUGGUAAAUGGGAUAAUAAAUCAUUUGUUCUUAUAAAGAAGGAGAUUGCAUGAAUUAUUCCUGCCUGUGAAAUUGUAAUAAGUUUACCAAAUUGAAAUUGGUAAUAUCCUUAAGCAACGCCGUACAAUCAGGACCAAGAUUAUAUAUAAAGCAUCCCAACACCAAUUAAUGUUCGGUUUGCGUAUUUAAUUGUCUAGCCAAGAUUUACAAAUACAUUUGAGAUGUUUUAACCUCGAUGUCCAUACUUUUCUCUAAAAAUGAAAGCUAGGUGCAAUUAUUGAAUUAAAGGGAUGAUAAACCUUUAGGCCAUUUAGAAAAAAAGUAUUGAAUUUUAAUGAUUAAAAAAUCUGCAAUUGCUAAAGCACAAUGUAUUGAUUUCAUGAAAUAUGUUUCAAGUUACCUUAAGUACAAUAUGUAUUGAAUAUUCAUGAAACAGAAGGUUCAAUGACUACAUUCAAUAUAUGUUUUUUUAUGGAUUGAUAGCCGCUCCUAAAAAAUUGAAACUAAAUAUUUUUAUGGUCAGCUUGCAGAUACUCCAAAAUAGUUUUCAGAAAAUUCUUCAUAACAUAGACAAAAGUUUGUUGUGGUCUUAAUUUUUUUUUAAAGCAAUCAUUUAAGACAAUCAUCACUAUUUAUGUGGCAUCAUGGUAUUUCUACUCUGCAUUGGAACUUUGAUUCAGUUAAUUUUCAGCCAUAAUAUGGUGAUAUUCAUAUUAAGCAAAAAAUCACCUUUGGGCCAUAAAUACUGAUUAUUUUGAAAUUAUACUUUGAUUUUGAAAUUUCAUUUAAUUAAAAGAUAGUUUUCUGACUUUUUUAUAAGUCAGGAGACAGAUCAAUAAUUGUUGAUUUAUUUUCAAUUUGAAUUGUUAAUUAUUCUAUCCAUGCUCACUAAUUUGCACAAGUAGUUUUCAUGUAUGUAUUGUGUGAUGUUUGCAUGGGCUGGUGGCCUUCUAGCAAAUAAACUGUUUGUUUGUUUGUUAAGUGCUAUAUGUGAUAAAGUGUAAUUGAAAAAAGUGCCUCAUGGUUGCGGACAAUAAAAUGAGAAAAUAUCAUCAUCAAACUAACUUGCUGCAUUGUCAAGCACUAAGGGAUGAUGUGUUGUUUUUUUAUUAUAUUAAAAAAAGAUGCAAAAGAUCGGAAUAAACGAUUUAAUAAAUAAGGAUAAUAAAACAAACACCCACCAAAAUCGAGAUUUUUUUGAGAGUGUAUAAAUCUUAUUCAGAUGUCAUAUUUUUCAGUACAGUUAUGUGCUAUUUUUUUUGCAAUUCAUGACAUCUUAUUCAAUUUAAAAGAAAUGUUGUUAUGUAUGUAACAUAUUUAUAUAUACCAUUUUUUGUUUUGUCAUGUUUUUAAAACAUGCAUGAUUUAACACAAUGUUGCUGUGUAAUUUUGUUACUGAUUACUGAUAAUUUAUGCAAUAAAGCAUAAUCAUA